UAGGUUAGGGACAGGAGAGGUAUAAAUUGUGUGGGGCUAUCGUUUUCUUUCAAUAUGUGUGUUUGAAAGUAAGAGUAAAAGUCUAGAAGAGAUAAAAGAGUAUUUGAUAACGUGUAUAUAUAUAAAGAGUAACAAUGGGGAGUCUAUUGUACCUGUGUAUUAUUUCUAUCAUUCCAAUUACUAGUCACAUAGCACAUGCAAGAAGACAUAUACGAGAAGAUUCUAUAGUGAACAUAUAUAGUGAUAAACCCUCCGAUUAUUUACGCUUUGAUAUCUUAUAUCCAGAUGAUCUCAAUUCAACUUCACAAGUUUAUCUUAAUGAUCUCAAACCAGAUUUAUCCUAUAAUUAUCACCAAUUACAGUCAGAACUGGAAAAUGAAGCUGAAAAAAAAAAGUUCAACAAAGAUGUCGAAUCAGCAACUCAUUAUAUAACUAAAAGAGCAGUACGGAGCAGGAUUGAUGGUAAAGUAGAAGUUUUGGUAGUUAUAGAUAACUCUAUCUAUAGAUAUUAUAUGAAGAAGAGUAGAAAUAAGGAAAGAGUUGCUUUAGCUAGGAUCAGACGCUACUAUGGGAUGGUGUUCGCAAUGGUGGACCAAAGAUUUCAAACAAUCAAAGAUGAUGAAAUGUCGAUUACUGUUAAAAUCUCAGGAUUUCAUAUCGCUAAGUCUCGUCUUGAAUCUGCCUGGUUAGAAUAUGUGGUCGAGUGGGGUAAAGGUCGUACAGAAGCUAAAGUGGAUGCCAACACCGCUCUGAAAAGGUUUCAGAAAUGGUUGCGGAUUCAAGAUACUAUACCAAAGCAUGACCACGCAAUGGUUUUCACAAGAUAUCUACUAGUUACAAGAGGUACUGUCGAAGUUGGUGGUAUGGCCUUCGUAGAUUCAAUCUGUCAAACAAAAGAAGGAAGCAGUUCAUCCAUCGUGGUAGAUAUGGGUGAUUUCCAAUGUGUUAAAGUGGCUACUCAUGAAUUAGGUCAUAGUCUUGGAGCUGGUCAUGAUGGCGAUGGUAAAAGUGCUGAUUGUCCUCCAGAUCAUAAUUAUGUCAUGGCACCACAAAACUCUAAUCUGAAAUCCACUUUGAAAAAUGCCUUCUUGUUUUCACCUUGUUCUAUCAGACAGAUAAAAGCUCUUAUCAGAUCGGAGAAAGGUAAAUGUGUACAAGAUAUACCUGUUAUUCAUUACCAAUAUAAUCUAGCUCGGCGACCACCAGGCCAGAUCUACAAUGCUGGUAACCAAUGUAAACUUAUCUUUGGACCAAAGUCUGGAUUCUGUUCGAAAGGUAAAAUGAGAUCAUCUAUGUGUGGACAACUAUGGUGUAAAGAUCCUGUUAACAAUAGAACCUGUAGAACACAUUCCUAUCUCACAGCUUUACCAGGAACUAAAUGUGCUGGUGGAAAGGUCUGUCAUCUUGGAGAAUGCCUACGAGAUCCUAACAGUGUGAUACCUUUUACACCACUCUCGUCCAACAGUAUUCAAAUAGACAAAGCAUCAGCAACUCGACAUGCUCAGAAAGUCAACCAUCGUCUGAGCAGACUGAAUAAACCUAGAGGUAGAAUGGCUCGUCCUAGAAACCGAGGGUUCCGUUACAGAGCUAGAAUACGAUCUAGAACCAGAUCAAGAGCAAGGGCAUAUCGGCGAAAACCAGCUCAUUGUGAAGAUAAGAAUCUAGGUUAUUGUAAAGGACUGUUGAAAAUAAAUCCUAGAGCUUGUCGAAGAAAACAGUUACGGGAGUAUUGUUGUAGUACGUGUUAUAGUCGGUGA